AUGGGAGACAAAUACCACGAGGUCAUGGCCGCUCACAUCGAAAAGGCAUUGAACAGCACCGACGAUACUGCCGAGCGAGGCCGUCUCAUCCAGGAGGAGGAGCGCCAGCUGAGUCUUUGGGCUACAAUAAAACUACACCCCCGAGCAGUGCUAGCCUGUAGUGUGGCAUUCACUGCUGGCGCCAUGUUUGGUUAUGAUCAGAUUUGCAACGGCUCCACCAUUGCGAUGCCGUCGUUCCUUAUGUACUUUGGCAAUACUGGGCCAAGUGGACUAUACCUACCCUCUAUCUGGACCUCGCUGUGGACGUCGAUGACAUCCUUACUGCAGGCUCUCGGGGCUAUCUCUGUUGGUAUGGUGUCUGAUAGAUUCGGCCGAAAGUGGCCUGGGGUUGCUGCAGGGAUUAUAUCGCUUGCCGGGACUGCUGUUAUCUACUACGCAAAGAGCAGAGGCGCUUUACUUGCGGGGAAGAUGGUGUGUGGGUUGGCUCUUGGGGCCGGGAUGGCUAUUGGAACAACGUAUGCGUCAGAGGUUGCACCACUGAAACUCCGCAGUCCUAUUCAGACGGCACUCGUGCUCUUUAUUGUCUUCAUGCAGGGCCUGGCGCUUGGGAUUGUGAGGAUCUUUGUCCCUUACAUGGAUGAACAAGCCUUUCGAAAUGUUUUUGCUAUACAGUGGGCUGUUGGGGGUAUCUUUGCGAUUGCUUGCUUUUUGGCUCCUGAGUCUCCAAUCUUCCUUAUAAACGCCGGCCGCACAGAUGAAGCAAAGAAAGUGAUGACGAAGUUGUACAGCUCCAGAUUCAGCAUCGACGACCGACUCGCAUACCUAGUCAAGACCAUAUCCGAAGAACAAGAGCAGCAAACGGUCUCUGCAGGCUCGUACUUUGAUUGCUUCAAAGGGACCAACCUCAAGCGAACCCUCACCGUGAUGUUCCUCUACAGCACCGCAAACCUCGGCGGUGCUGCCUUUCUCUCGCAGUCAAUCUACUUCCUCCUUACCCUUGGACUGCCCGCUGUGCAUGUAUUCGAUAUUUCCAUCGGGGGCUUUGCGCUGGCUAUUGUCAUCAUAGUCUUAACUGGCGUCAUAGGCAAGUUCCUAAGUAGACGGGCUAUGCUCCUUGCUGGUUGCCUUAUCAACCUCGUCUUCCUCCUAGUUAUCGGCUGUCUCCACUACGCCCCGGGCAUGGGGCCAGCCUGGGCUGUUGCUGUUUUGAUGAACAUCCUCAUCUCAUUCCAAACCAGCCUAAUGCAAGCCAUCGGCUGGCCCAUCGCGGCCGAAAUAUCCAGCUACCGACUGCGCAUCAAGUCACUGUCCAUCGGCGUGUUCGCGCAGACGCUCUCGACGUGGGUGAUGACCUUUACAGUGCCGUACAUGUACAACGUUGACUCGGGGAACCUGGGGGCACGCACUGCAUUUCCGUUUGCUGGUAUCACGGUCUUGCUUGUCAUCGGGGCUUACCUGCUUGUUCCGGAUACGACGGGCUUGACGACCGAGGAGAUUGAUCGGUUGUAUGAGGAUAAGGUUUCUGUGAGGAGGUUUGGCGGGUAUGUGCCAGGGAGUAGUUCUACUUAA